AUGGAAAUUGACGCAGCUUGUCAAGAUAACGGUAUUUAUUCACUUUCAGAAGCCAGAAACGAAGAAAUAAAGAGAAAUUUUUUGGAGAUUUAUAAGAAGUUCAUUGACGAAGUAGAACCAAACUGCAUACUUGAUUGGUUGAUCCAGGAAAGAGUUCUGAAUAUUGAAGAAAAAGAACGCAUAUCCAGCCAACCAACAAGACACGAGAAAUGUCGAGUUUUGUUAGAUAAACUUUUCAUGACAUCAAAUAAAAUGGCUUUCAUCUUGGUGUACAAAGUUUUAUAUCAAGAUUACAAUUGGCUCGCUAAAGAUAUAGACGAUUCGAUCAAUAAGGAGAGAAAAUGUGUUCUACCAGCCCCAAAUGAAUUACAACACAAGUUAAAUGCAGCAAAUGCUACUAUAGCAGAUUUACAAACUGUAUUAAAAUUAAAAGAUAAAAACAUACUAGAUCUUGAAAACAGGCUUUCUAAAAUGAAAGAAAAACUCGAGCAGCUUGAACAAAGGCAGAACAAAGUGAAAGACAUGUCACAAUUUGCUCAAGAGUUGAAUGCAAAAACAGAAGAAAUACAAAAGCUAGAAAGCCAUAUAAAUAUUUUGCAGGACCAAAUAAAAAAUGCUGCAUCAAUGAACAAAAGCAGUGAUGCCUUGGAUGCAAAUGAGCACUUUUCAGAUGCUCCAAUAACUGAUGACACAAAGAAGCAGAAGUCUCUUACGAGAAAAAUAAAACUUGUGAAUUACAGUGGCUCAUCUUUUGAUUUGUGGCAAGGAACAUUCGGAUCAUGCAACAAAUUGGUGAUGAUAAAAGACCUGCUAGACAAUACAUCUGAAACUCAUAUUAGUAAUUUUAUCAAGGAAACCGAAAUUUUGAAACAGUUAAAUCAUCCAAGAUUGUGUAAUCUUUUAAAUAGUUCCACAGUUGGAAGUAAUUAUUAUAUGGUUUUUGAAGGUACAAAUUUGCCAAACGCUUUGACUGUCUUUAAAUGUAGAACGUUCCCAGUAGAUGGAGAUGACAUCCUCCGAUGGGUUGUGCAAUUAGCUUGUGGAUUAGAUUAUCUUCACUCACACCUAAUACUUCACCGAAAUGUUUAUAUUCAAAACAUCAUCCUUCACAAUGGUUUAAGAUCUAUCAAGCUAUUCAAUUUUUCAUAUGCCAAACAAUUGAAAACAUUUCAAGACACGAUUGUGGAAGAAAAUCAAAAUGUAAAUGCUAAGUCCACUGCCCCGGAAGUCAUUUUGAGGAAUGAAUGGUCUUUAAAAAGCGAUGUGUGGUUAUUUGGAAUGACUGCGCUAAAAAUAUACUUACGUGGAUGCAAGUUAUUUCCAGGAAUGACUCAACGGGACAUUAAAAAUUAUAUGUCUCGAUGGACAGCUGAAGAGUUCGAUAAACAAUUUUGUAACGCGAAAAAUUUUAGAAACACAAAUCGUACUCAUCUAAAACGUUGUCUGGAGCACGAGUGUUUGGAAAGACCGGACAUGUUACAACUUUGCUAUUAUUCUUGUUAUGUAGAAAAUUUAGUUCCAAGAAUAACUACAUUGAAGAACAUACUCUAUGUUAUAGUGGUUUCUUCAAGUUCAAUAAAAUGUUUCAAAAAGUCUAAUAAGUUUCAACGAAUUCAAUCAAUAAAACUUGGUCAAAAAAAAUCGAAAUCAUUAACAAACUUCAUAAAAUUGCAUAGGACUAGUUCAUCAUCUUCGUUUGAUUCUAGCCGGUCAAGUAUUAAACAAAUUACUUAUAGCAGCAACGUACUAACAAGUAUAGCAUCAUCUGAAUAUGGCCAAUGCAUAUAUGUGCUGGAUGGAUUCAAAAAAAUAAUUUUCCAAAUAAGUGCCGAUAAACGUCGAAUCAUUAAUUGUUUUGAAGCAUGUCCUGGUGCACACAGUCUUUCAGUUACAGCGGAUAACAAUCUUCUUCUUAACUGUCGUCUAGAUGAAAACUUUAUUUUAGAAUGUAAUAACAGUGGUCAGAAAACGAGGAUCAUCAACACAGAAUUUCCAGAUAGUGAACCACGCAAAGCUAUUAAACUUAAUGAUGUCCAAUAUUUAUUUUUUCACAAAUUAAAAAAUGUUAGAGACGAUGUUUUAACUGUUAAUGUAGUUGACAACGACGGUAUUCCAUCUUCUGGUUAUGGAAAACUAUGUUUGAAAAAUAUAUCUGAUGUUGCAAUUCAUCGGCCAUCCAGAACAAUAUUUUUAACCGAUUACAAUGCUAAUAAAGUGAUGUUUAUAGACCAAUACAUGAACUCCGAACCUCGGGAAAUUUUAAAUACUGAAAAUGGAAUAUUUAACCCCGUAAAAAUUUACGUAAGCGAUGAAGGUCAAAUUUUUGUUGGUCUGAUUUCAGGGACAAUAAGGUUUUUUCAAUUUCACUGGAAAUAA